CUCUUGUUCAUUACUCUUGCUCACGACUGACGACUGACGCGAGCGUCUCACUACACACCACACGACAUUCAUUGCAUCGACACGAGCAGCUGUUCAAGCUCACCAACCCACCCCACAACCUCCACCACCCACCCACCCAACCUGGUCGUGUGACCGCCCCACCACCCAAUGGAAGACCUCGGCGCCUACCGCCGCGCAGUGCGCAAGUGCAUGAUUCUCGAGCCCAACGGCGCAGCGCUCGUCGCCGACGCGAGCGACGUGCUCGUCGCAUUGACUACGACGCGGGCGCUCUCAGAUCCAGAAUUUGCACACACCGUCCUCCGGCACUACAUCGAGCGCAAGCUCCACCGCAAGCGCACGCGCGAGCAGGUCGGCGCAAAGCUGCAGCGCAUCGAGAGCAAGGUGCCCCAGUUCGCAGCCGACUUCCACGCCAUCCGCGACACAUACGCCCUCGGCCCGUCCGACGUCCUCCCCAGCCUUGUCGCCGCGCCGUGCCGCGCCGGAGGGGAGAUGCACGCGCCGCCAGCAUACUCGAGCGACCGGCUGCCAGUGUACACUGCCGCUGCAUGACGCCGACGGGUGGGGACAGAAAUGCCGGGUGGGGGGGACAGGCGCCUGUUGUACCAUAGCACUCGAGGAUGAUGAUGCAUGAGCUGCGCUCCG